AUAACUUUCCUUCCAAGGAGUAAGCGUGUUUUAAUUUCAUGGCUGCAGUCACCUAACCUGUCCCUAAAACCUAACCCUAAGCUAACAAUAUACAUGUGCAUUCAAAGGCAUCCAUCCAUCCACAGGAGAGACAGAGAGAAAGAGAAAGAGGAAGACAUAGGCUGAAUUCAGAAAGGAAAAGAAAGAGAAACAUCUAGAGAGAGACACUGAACAAAAGAGAGGAAAUGAGUAGAUUUUACAGACUUUUCAUAAAUCUAUCUGGAAGUUAGAAGCAAUGACAGUGUCCAUCCACCCCAGAAGAGGGAAAAUGACCCAAGGUUAUAAGAGUAAAAGACAAGAAUGCAGGGAGCCAUUAUAAGCUCAGCCACCCACAGAAGCCAAGAUGGGGCACUUGAACCAGAAUCUCAGUGGAAAAAGAGGACCAGAAAGUUGGGCCCUCUUUUGUAUAAGAGAAGGUGACCUUUGAGUCUUCUUUCAGUCCUCCACUGGGGGAUCAGGGUCUCGAGAUAGGCAGGAAAGGGAGUGCCUUUUCCUAGGUCCCAGAGCCCAUCCAGGCCUGUUUCUGCCCCAUUCUGUGCUAGGUCAGCCCUGUAUUGAAUCCUUCCUUUGGGAAGUCCCAGUGCACAAGCUCCAUGUGAUACCAGCCCCAGGUUGAAAGGCAUGGAGGUCUUGUAGGCCGACAGUCCUAGGCAGUAGAUGGGAGAAUGACCCCCAUUCUGCAGAGGGAGAGACUGGGGAAACCCUGAAGGGCACAUGGCUUGUCCAGGGCCACAUCACAGAUGAGAAGAAGGAGCCUGGUCUGAAAGCAGCUGUGUCCUCAGAGCUCAGGCCCUGGCUGCACCCAGGCCUUUCAAGGCUGUGAGGUGGGUGGUGUGGGUGUCACUGUGCCUGCACAUGGCCUAAGAGGGUGGGUGAACAGUCAACCCAGAGGUUCCCUUGGGGAGCUUUGUGUAAGGGACCUCAGUAAGAACCCAGGAAAUGAUGUCACUUCCUGGCAACAGAACCCAACAGAACCCGGAACCUGGGUAUCCAGGCCUCCACAGCGGCAAGGAGCCCCCAGCCAGAUCACUUGCUGCCAAGAUGUUCUGCUGUUUGCCCCUGCCCAGAGGCCGGGGCCUCGGGAGAGCUCACAGGCAGAGUGUGUGGGAACGUGCUCGACACUGGCUCAGGCACCCCCCGAGAGGCCUCUGUCCCUUUGCCCGAAGGAAAAGGAAGAACUUCCCACUGGAUGUGGCCGAUGAGGGGGACACCCCGUCCACCUCCCCGAGGCAGGGCUUGGACCACCACCCCCCUGCCCAUGAGCCCCAGUGCAGGCUCCAGGUGAGUGUGCCCACGGAGGGGUCAGCCCAACUGGGAAUGAAGAGGAAGCAGGGAAGGCCUGUGGCCCAGACACCACCCAGGACACACCCCGGGGCCCAGUCUCAGGCUCCCACGGAGCUCAGCACAUCCGGCUCCAACCCAGAGCCCCGAGAACCCCUGCCUCUGAGGCAGCAGGAGGACCUGGACCCCAGCACGGCAGAGCACAGAGCUCUAGCCCUGACCUUCAAAUUCAAUCAGGCUCCACUUCCAAGACCUGUUCCUAAAGAGGUGGUUACUCCAGGUGCAGGACCCAGGGAUCCACUGACGGGAGAUCGAGACCUGAGAUUUCCCCUCCCAAAGACACCGGGCCAGCUGGGUACUGGCCAGCACCCUGAGAAGAUCAGAUCUCUGUGCCUGCACCCCCAGCCCCAGGCACCGAUGUCCCACCCCUUCAGAGAAAACCUCCACCUCCACCUGUACCUGUACCUGCUCGGGCUUUGGCAGGAGAACCCGUGUCCAGGGAUGAGUUACCACCUCUGCAGGGAGAGCCUGCCCUGGCUCCUGCCUAAGACCCAGACGCCCACGAUGACUCACCCACCCCUGCAGGGAGAACGGGCCCCCGCUCUGGACAGAGACCCAGAUCCCUUUCUGGAAACACCUCGUCCAGGAGCGCGGUUGACUCUGCAGCCUCCAUCCCUGUCUGAUUCCCGUGGAUGCCAUCAACUUGCUCCCCACCCAGGGGAAAUUGAGUUCCCUUCCCCUGAGCUUAUUUUAAUCUGGUUUGUGUUUAGUUUUCCUGUGAUUUUUUUUUUUUUCUUUAUGGCUUUGUUAAUUUGUUUCUGUUAAGUUUUUUUAAAUAAAUUUUACUUUAAUUGAUGCAAUCUGGGAAUCUUAAGGCCUUCACAAUGCUGUGAAACCAUCACCACUGUCUACAUUCGGACCCUCUCAUUCUAUCCCCCCUACUUCUCAGCAAAAACAUCCCCCCAUGAAUCUCAGGAUUCAUGUCAAGCACUCCCCAUUCUUCCCUCCCCCACCUGACAACAUUUAGUCUUCUUCUUUCUCCAUUUCUCCCCAUUCUUUGGGUGUCCACAAUCAAUGCCAAUCACUGAAAUGAUAGAAAACUGGAUUUUUUUCUGACUGAAAGUGAAAGUUAUAGUCCCUUAGUCUUAUUAGACUCUUUGCAACCCCAUGGAUUUUACAGUCCAUGGAUUAGCUAGGCCAGAAUACUGGAGUGGGUAGCUUUUCCCUUCUCCAGGGGGUUUUUCUGACUCUCCACAUAUUGGAAGACUAAACUUGAGAAUUCUUGUUUUUAUUUCUUUUGAGGUAGCCUUUGGGUAUAAAGGACAGUGUAGGUACUUUCAAGAUGUCAUCUGCAAAACGAAGCCCUUUCAGCAAAUGUGGUCAGAAUCUCCUGAUAGGCAUUGCUGUUGUGUGACCUAUCAGCCAGAAGGGAGAUGCUGAGCUCUUUCUCUGGCACAAACAAAUUCACAGAAUAAGCCAAGAAAGAGAGCUGGUAAAAUGAACCACACCAACAACAGAAAAGCAAUCCUCAUUGGACAAAGCUAGAGAAAA